AUGAGCAUCACUACUCAUCAUUUGUCAAACCUAACGUACGACGAAGACUGUAUUCAUUCAGUGGUUUUGGAGAAGACGCCUUCACCACCGCCGAAACCGCCACGAGGGAUAUUAAGAAAAGGUCCGCCAAUGAAACCACAAAGAAGCGCAUUAAAAAUUGAUCCGAUUCAAAAUGACGACAAAGAAAAUUGUAGCCAGCCACAAGCCAGAUCUCAGUUCAAAGCCAAAGACAUGAUGGAGCAAAUGCAGAAUUAUUUCAAAAGAAGUAUCGCAGUUCUCCGCAGCAGUGGAGAUUUCACAGGAACCGAAGCAGCGGAUAUUUUGACGGCUUACAUUGAAUCGCACCGAGACGACUUUCCAAGAGAAAACGUUGGAAGAGGGAAUGCUGUGAAACUUCUUGGGAUUUGGUUGGAAUCAAAAACGAUUCACAGCGUUGACGCUCAUCAGAAAAAGUUUCUCGAUUCAGAACGUGCAUUCUACAGAUUGGGAGGGGAAUUGGAAAGCUUGUACAUCGUCAACACUCCAAAUACAACAAGAGAUCACGAUGAGUUAACAUCAGUGCAAAGGUCAUCGAGUACUCGACGAAGCAACAGUUUCAAACGGCUUUUCUCUCCACUCGUUCGCCGAAAUCGCUCUAACUCUCGGGGACGUGAUAAGGAUAAUGGGAAGGAUGGUUCUUCGACGCUUCUCAAAUCCACGUGGAGUAUUUUCUCUUCGUCCGACAAACUCGAGAAGAAAGUACGCAAGGCAGAACAGCAGCUGAUAAAAGAAGAGGAAGCCGAAGUGUAUGAGUUAGCAUUAUUCCAUUUGCUCAAUCUAAUUGAAGUUGAGUUUCUAGAGGAUGUUGCCCUCCCAGUGCAGGACGUCAAGAAAAAUGCGUCAUUCUUAUCAUCAAUAUUGGAAAAAGUUGGGCUAGGAUCGGGAGAAGAGCGGCUAGAACCACACCAGGAGGAGGAAAUGGAUUUGCUCAUUGAAACGCAUCCAUUGAUUCGAGAAGCGAGUCAAUGGUUUCAAAUGGCUCGUUGCUGUGCUCCGUUGCUUUAUCUGGAGAAGACACCGGAGAAAAGCUCAAAAAUGCAACUAUAUUUAUGGUGUAGAGCAGCAUUAUCAUCAGUAAAAUCUCGUCUUGAGAAAAUGACACAAUGCGGAAGCUCUCCACUAUUCCCAUCAGAAUUCGCCCCGCUUCUAAACAAAAUUGCUCAACAAUUGAUCAACGACAUGGAUUCAGGAGACAAAUUAUCCACCGCCAUCAUGUACAUAUUUCUGAUGGUUCCACAUCCACUUCGCAGAACCAUCGAUGAUAUCGUGCAAUGGCUUCAACUCACAAUGCGAACAGAUUCAGUCGAAGAUCUCAGAAGCCCCUACUAUUUAGGGAAGAAGGAUCCACGGCGAUACAAGGAGAAUGUGAGAGUUAUAAUUGAAGAACUUUCUCCGUUCAUAUUCCCAAAAGGAUGCAUGACGAAUAUUCAACAAGAUAUCUUUAUUGAGACCCUGGUCGAAUUACGUCAAGCGAAACGCCUGGGACAACGUCCACCACAACUAGAGAACUCGUUACGAGCAAAGUGUGUGGUUGGAAAUGUAACAUGGAAACGGAAAGAGAGAAAACACAAUUCGGCUGAAUGUGACUUAACGCCGGUACGAUUCACAGUGGCUCGAGAAUCCAUUAGAAAGACAGUCAACAAUGGAUUAAGCGAAACAGAAGCUGCCCUGGUGAAAAUGAUGAAUGUAAGUUGGUUUGAAAGUAUUAUAAAUGCAAUGCUUUCCCAUUUUCAGGACAUGAUCGACGAUAAGAAAGUACCCCUUGGCGAGAAAAAGAGGAAGCUUGCAAAUUUCGAAAAACACUAUCCAGGACUGUACAAAAGCAAUUUCAACGGAAUGCUGUAG